UCAAUCAAAAGUAGUAUUCCUAAAGAUGACUGAUGCCUUUGUGUCAUUUGCAGUUCAAAAAAUGGGUGAUUUCCUCAUACAACAAGUUUCCCUGCGUAAAAAUCUGAGAAAGGAAGUUGAGUCGCUGAGAAAUGAGCUACUCUUCAUGCAGUCUUUCCUCAGAGAGGCAGAACAAAAGCAAAGUGGUGAUCAAAGAGUUCAACAAUGGGUGUUUGAGAUCAACUCUAUUGCUAAUGACGCUGUUGCUAUACUCGAGACUUACAGCUUCGAGGCUGGUAAACGUGCUAGUCGUCUCAAGGCUUUUGCUUGCAUAUGUAGGAAGGAGAAGAAAUUCUACAAUGUCGCUGAGGAGAUCCAAUCACUCAAGCAACGAAUCAUGGAUAUCUCUCGCAAACGAGAGACUUAUGGUAUUACAAAUAUCAAUAAUGCUGGAGAAGGGUCAAGUAAUCAGGUCAGAAAAUUGAGGAGAACUACCUCAUAUGUGGAUGACCAGGAUAACAUUUUUGUUGGACUUCAGGAUGUUGUACAAAAAUUGCUAGCUGAACUUCUCAAAGCAGAGCCUCGUAGAAGCAUCAUCUCCAUUCAUGGCAUGGGCGGAUUAGGCAAGACCACUCUUGCAAGAAACCUCUACAACAGUCCUAAUAUAGUGUCAAGCUUCCCUACACGCGCUUGGAUAUGUGUUUCUCAAGAGUACAACACAAUGGAUCUUCUUAAGAAUAUCAUAAAAUCCAUCCAAGGUUGCACCAAGGAAACUCUAGAUUUGUUGGAAAGGAUGACAGAAAGAGAUCUAGAAAUUUACCUUCGUGAUCUUUUAAAAAAACGCAAAUACCUUGUGGUGGUUGAUGAUCUAUGGCAGAGAGAAGCAUGGGAGAGUUUGAAAAGAGCAUUCCCGGAUAGCAAGAAUGGCAGCAGAGUUAUUAUCACCACGCGCAAAGAGGAUGUUGCUGAAAGAGCAGACAGCAGAGGUUUUGUCCAUAAACUUCGUUUCCUAAGCCAAGAAGAAAGUUGGGAUCUCUUUUGUAGGAAACUAUUUGAUGUUCAAGCAAUGACCUCCACAAUGGAGAGGCUAGCUAAGGAUAUGGUGGACAAGUGUGGAGGCUUACCUCUUGCAAUUGUUGUAUUGAGCGGACUACUUUCGCAUAAAAGGGGGCUAGGCGAAUGGCAAAAGGUGAAAGACCGCCUUUGGAAGAACAUUGAAGAUGACUCUAUUGAAAUAUCCUACAUACUAUCAUUAAGCUACAAUGAUUUGUCAACUGCGCUCAAGCAGUGUUUUCUGUACUUUGGUAUUUUUCCAGAAGAUCAAGUGCUCGAGGCUGAAAACAUAAUACGAUUGUGGAUGGCCAAGGGUUUCAUACCAAGAGGAGAAGAAAGAAUGGAGGAUGUCGCUGAAGGCUUCUUGAAUGAGCUAAUAAGACGAAGCUUGGUUCAAGUGGCUCGAACAUUUUGGGAAAAAGUUACUGAAUGUAAGGUUCAUGAUUUACUUCGUGAUCUUGCCAUACAAAAGGCAUUGGAGGUAAACUUCUUUGACAUUUAUGAUCCAAGAAACCACUCCAUAUCCUCCUUAUGUAUCAGACAUGCCAUUCAUGAUAAAGGAGAAAAGUACCUCUCACUU